AUGAUUUGUUUUGUUUGUUUUUGUUGUCUGAAAAACACAAAUGUUCUUGUUCGACAUCUAAAGUUAAUUCAUGGGCUCUUGCCUGGCAAAUCACUUAGACUGAAAUGUGGUGAAGCAGGUUGCUGUUUAGAAUUUGCAACUUUUUCAGGUUUUCGCAAACACUUAAAAAGAGUUCAUGAAGCAGGUGAAGUUUUGUUAUGUGUAGAGGAUGAUGCUGUUGUUCAUAAUGCAGUUGGGCUACCAAGUAAUACUGAUGUGGCUACAUGUUCAAAGGACAGUUCUUUGCCAGUUCCCAGCAAAAACACUACCGAUUUGUGUGCAUCAGCAAUAGCACAAUUGCAAGCUGCAGGUGUUAGUCAGACUACUGUUGAUACUUUUGUUAUGUCUAUGGAGGAAGUAGUUCAAGACAUCCAGGAUCAAGUAAAAGAGACCGCUAUAAAAUGCUUAUUUUCAGAAAACACGGACAUUAAAAGUUCAAUUGAGCAGUCAUUUCAUGAAAUUGAAAACCCUUUCACCAUGCUUAAUUCCAUAUCUAAACGAAAAUCAUAUUUUACUAAAAAAUGGGGAAUUGUCCAGCCUGUGGAGAAGGUAAUUGGGGUCAGAUUUGACAACAGAAAAAACAGGACUACUGGAACUUAUGAGCAAGUUGCAGUGACUGACAAGUUUGCCUAUGUUCCAAUACUCCAAACAUUACAGAACAUUUUAAAGCACCCAAACACCACAUGCAGGUUCAAGUCAGGUUUACCUAAUAAAAACGGUAUUUACUCUGAUAUUGAAGAUGGACUGUACAUAAAAAGUCAUCCCCUGUUUUCGACUGAAAAAAAUGCACUUCAGAUUCAAUUGUAUUAUGAUGAAUUCGAAACUGCCAAUCCUUUGGGCUCAAAAAAGGGAAUUCACAAAUUAGGCGGUAUAUAUUUUACUUUGAGAAAUUUCCCACCACAAUUUAAUUCAUCUCUAACAAACAUACAUUUAUGUGCACUUUUCCAUGCCCAAGACAUCAAAACAUAUGGAUUUGAUGCAAUAUUGGAACCUAUUGUCAAUGACAUAAAAGUCCUUGAAAACAAGGGUAUACAAGGACCUGCUGGUUUUGUGCGUGGAAGCAUUGUCCAAGUAACGGGAGAUAAUCUUGGUUUACAUGGCCUUUUUGGAUUUGUUGAAUCUUUUAGAGCUCGGAAUAAUUGUAGGUUUUGUCUCACUGAAAGGGAAGAUUAUCAAACUGUGUUCUGUGAAGAUGAGCCAAAUUUAACUUUCCGCACCAAAGAAACACACGUACAACACUGUGAAGCUCUACAAUCAGACCCAACACUACAACAUGUUUGUGGUGUGAAACGUACAUGUUUGUUAAACACUCUGCAGUACUUUAAUAUAUCAGACAACUUUUCUGUAGACAUAAUGCAUGAUAUUUUAGAGGGAGUUGCUCAGUUUGAAUUAAAACUUGUUUUAAAGUAUGUUCAAGCUAAUUUUUUGACAGCGAAAGAGUUGGAUGGCAGAUUAAAUUCAUUUAAUUAUGGGUACAUGGAGAGGAGAAAUCGGCCUCCUUCUUUAAAACUGGAUGACGAGAGCAAUGAUUUGGGCAUAAAUGCAAUACAGUGUUGGUGUCUACUUCGAAAUGUGCCGCUGAUAUUUGGUGACAUUGUGCCCCAAGACGAUAAAUACUGGCAAUUACUACUACUUUUACUACAAAUAGUGAACAUUGUAUUUUCUCCCAUUUUAACUGAAGGACUUACUGUUUAUUUGAAACACUUAAUUACUGAGCAUCACAGGCUGUUCAAGUGCUUAUUCCCAGGAAAGAAUCUGCUGCCUAAACAUCAUUUAAUGUGUCACUACCCUCGGUGUAUACGAAAUAUUGGGCCUAUUGUUCACAUGUGGUCAAUGCGAUACGAGUCCAAACACAAUUUCUUCAAGACUCAACCAAAAUGUUUCAAGAACAUAACUAAGACGCUUGCCAAAAAACAUCAGAAUUUCAUGGCAUAUAACUGGGAAGCCUUUAACCAUGACAGAAUUGUACUUGGACCAGGAAAGAAUGUGUGUGUCAGUGACUUGAAUGAAAGUGUUCAGAUUGCAUCUAAGUUGAACAUUCCUACAGAAACAAAUGUUCUCUCAGUGAAAUGGGUGAAGUAUAAUGGAACUGAAUCUUUUUGCCUACAGAAUUGAUCACAGACCCAGCGCAUCUCUGAAAGUGUUUACUGUCAGUGAACUCACUUAUUACAAACCUUUUGAUGUGCAGAUGUCCUAUGGGUCUGAUAAUUUCUUUUGUUUUGUUGUACCCUACUGUAAUCUUAUUCAAAUUUAGCUGUCACUUGUUCAUGUCUCUGUGAAGUUAAUGAGUUUGUUUUAUCCAUUUUGUAUUUCUGUGCAACCCCUCAUGAAUUUGACCCAACUGUUGAAUGUUGUUUUAAAGUAGCCACUUUGCCCAGAUUUUAAAUAAAAAUUAGUUGUUA